AUGGCCGAAGCGCAUCAGGCCAUUGGCGUUUUCGACGAGCACAAGCGCGGCGUCGAGCUCUUGUACUCGGACGAAGGCAUCCGCGUGUCCUUUACGAUCCCACCGCCGCAUGAGGUCCGUCGCUCGCUCGUCCGUGAGUUUUUCCAUCUCCAGCGGGCCCUUCAACGCGGCGUGUACCCCGCCCCGCCGUUGGUCGCCAUUUUGACUGUCGUCGCCGUCUCGGUCGUCGUUGUCCUCUCGCCCACGGACUCGUGGUGGCGCAGUGGACCCAUUUCGGUCUGCGUGUGGCAUGUCGGCAACUUUCUGAUGCCGUACUGGUACUUGCUGCCGAAUUCCCUCUACGUGGCGUCCCUCGCCGCUUGGGCGGCAUUCCUGGGCUUGCUGGCGCUCAUGGCAGUCCAGCGACUCUUUCUUCGAUUGCUGCUGAGCUACCGAGGCUGGUUGUACUUGGCGCCGCGGCAAAAGAGCCGCGUCGUCACGGCGUGGGCAGCACUGUUGAAGAUCUUUGGCGGGCGCAACCCGCUCACGUACUCGUUCCAGGACGCACUGCCGAGGCUACCGCUGCCCCCACUGAAGGAUACGGUGCAGCGGUACUUGCAGUCGGUUCACCCGCUGCUCACGUCGGACGAGUUCAAGGAUGUUGAGCGCAUGGCGGACGAGUUUCUGCACCAGGAAGGGCCGAAGCUGCAGUUUUACCUGUACUUGAAGAGCUGGUGGUCGUCAAACUAUGUCACGGACUGGUGGGAGAAGUACGUGUACCUCAAAGGCCGCUCGUCGUUGAUGAUCAAUAGCAACUACUACGCGCUGCCAGGUGCCAACCUCGACUUUAGUCUCACGAAAAACCCCGUGGCAUUAGCGGCUGUGCUCGUGCACGAGUUUUUGCUCUUCAAGCAGGAUCUCGACAGGGAGCACUUAGCGCCGCAGCUCAUUCGUGGCAUUGUCCCGCUUUGCAUGAGCCAAUACCAGCGGAUGUUCUCGUGCACACGGAUUCCUGGACGCGAGACGGACGUGCUCAAGCUGUACCACCACAAAUCGAAACAUAUCGCCGUGUUCUGCCAUGGUCGCGUGUUCAAGAUGCCUCUCUAUGAGAAGGGCCAAUAUGGCAACUUGCUGUCAAAGUUUGAGAUCCAGCGCCAGCUGGAGUGGAUCCAGUCGACGGCGUUGACCAUGGAUGCAUCCACAACUGCCGAGCAAAACCUCGCGGCUUUGACUGCCGCUGGUCGCAUCGAGUGGGCCGAAAAUCGCGAGCAGUUCUUUUCUAGCGGUAUGAACAAGCGGUCGCUCGAGGCUAUUGAGUCGGCAAUAUUUGUGGUGAUCCUGCAAAACGACGUGGCCAAGGACUGGACAUCAAUGGGCAAGGACCUCAUUCACGGUAGCGGUGGCAAUCGUUGGUUUGACAAAUCGUUCAACCUCGUGAUCUACAAGAACAGUGUUGCUGGAAUAAAUGCCGAACAUGCGUGGGCUGAUGCGCCGGUGAUGGCCCAUGCGUGGGAGCAAGUGUAUACGAGGCAGUGCUUUACGUCUCCGUACGAUCAACAAGGAGAUGCUCUGGUGCUGUCUGAAGACGAACGGGCAUCCAAGUUACCGCCCUGUAGAUUGCUGCAGUGGGACUUUUCGACGGGCCUUGACCGCGCUGUGCUAAAGUCGCUCGCAGACGCUGAGACGGCCAUCGGUGAUUUUGAUCUGAAAGUUAUCUCGUACACGGACUAUGGCAAGGGCCUGAUCAAGAAGUUCCGCGUCAGUCCUGAUGCGUUCAUCCAGAUGGCGCUGCAGCUCGCAUACUACCGCAACUCUGGCACGAUCACGCAGACGUACGAGUCUAGCAUGACUCGGCUGUAUCGGGACGGCCGCACAGAAACGGUCCGGCCGGUGACGGACGAAUCGAAAGCGUUUGUCCUCGGCAUGGCCGACCAUAACCUAUCGGACGCCGAUAAACUGCAGCUGCUUCAGCGCGCAUGUGCUGUGCACCAAGACAGCUACCGGAAUGCCAUGAGCGGUAAGGGCAUCGACCGUCACCUCUUCACGCUCUACUGCGUGUCUGUCGGUUUCGGCACCGAGUCGGCAUUCUUGAACAAUGCGCUAAGCCGUCCAUGGCGCCUGUCAACAAGUCAGCAGCCUCAGCAGCAAACGGACAACUGGCGUUUGGUCGAAGAUGCUCUGAGAGGGUCAAAGUAUACGAUUGAGGAUGCGCGCUGUCCUGGCGGUGGCUUUGGGCCGGUAGCUGAAGACGGAUACGGCGUCAGCUACAUGGUUGCAGGUGAGAACAUGCUUGGCUUUCAUAUAUCGAGCAAGAUGUCAUGUCCGUCUACGAGCUCGGAAAAGUUCGCUGCAGACAUUGAGCGGGUACUUGCCGAUCUCAAGUCGCUAUGGCAACCGCAAGAGUAG